AUGCGAUUAUACGAUAUAAAUCUUAGAAAAAGACAUUGUAAGGCGGGUCAUUCCGAUUAUUUUAGUUAUUUAAUUAUUGAAGUAAAUUGUCAAGUAUGUUCUGGUGCAUUUCAAUAUGAAUCAUGUUCAACAAAUAAUAAAUGUGGAUGUUUUCAAGUAGCAUCUGAUAAUGGUCGUGGAGUUUGUGCUUUUCUUCGAUUAAAUUGUUCUCAAUUAAGUGGCUGUGAAACUGAAAAGAAUAUUUGUCAAAAACUUGAUCAUAUCUGUGUUUAUCAUCCACAUUGCUAUCAUUCUCCUGUUUGGUACCCAUUGGCAAUAGCAAGAAAUUUUUGUCCAGUAACAGCAAAUUCGUCAUCAAUAUUAUCAACUGAUAAUGAUAUUUGUGGGAAAGUGACAUGGUCUCCAAAUGGUACAACCGUAGCUGGUGGAAAUGGUCAAGGAUCAGAAUUAAAUCAAUUAAAUUAUCCUUUUGGAUUGUUUAUUGAUAAUAAUCAAACCAUUUAUAUAGCAGAUUCAAGAAAUAAUCGUAUUGUUCAAUGGUUUGUUAAUCAAACCAGCGGUCAAAUAAUUGCAGGUAAUGGAAAACCGGGAAAUGAUAGUAAUCAAUUAAAUAAUCCACAAGAUAUUUUUAUUGAUAAUAAUGGAACAAUUUAUAUAACUGAUACUAUGAAUGGACGUAUUCAAAUGUGGUUUAAAGGAGAUUUAAAUGGAACAACAAUUGUUGAAAAUAUUGAUCCUAUUGGAAUAAUUGUAGAUACUGAAGUAUCAAUUUAUGUAACUGAUUGGUUAAAGGGUCAACUUACAAAAUGGUUUAUGAAUGGAACAGUACAAGAAAUAAUUGUUUCAAAUCUUACUUUUCCAUAUAUGGUAUUUCUUGAUAAAAAUCAAUCGAUUUAUAUAUCGGAUACAGCUAAUUCGACAAUAAUAAAAGUAGAUUAUCAAACAAAGAAUGUCUCAAUUGUUGCUGGUGGAUCUUCAGGAGGGGAUCUGAACCAAUUAUCAUGGCCAGAAGGUGUUUUUGUCGAUGACUUCGGUACUGUUUAUGUGGCUGAUACUCGUAAUCAUCGAAUAAUGCAAUGGACACAUGAAGCGACAUAUGGUAAUGUUAUUGCAGGAGGAAAAGGACCUGGUUCUGCAUCUAAUCAACUUUAUUAUCCUUCAGAUUUAUCGUUUGAUUUUGAAGGAAAUCUUUAUGUUGUUGAUAAUGGAAAUCAUCGGGUACAAAAGUUUAUUAUUAAUAAAAAUCCAUGCUGA